GCCCUUUCAGCGAGUGGAAGCCGCCAAGCGCUCUUUCUGCCCAACUCCGCCGCCGGCCGCUUAGGGGGCGGUUCUCGGUUGGCUUAGCCCGAGGAGGUCCGAGCGGGUUGCCCGGUUCUGCCCUGUCCAGCCGACCUCCAGGGAGAAGGGAAGGCGUUGACUCCGGAGGUGGCAGAGCUCGUAGGACUCUCGAGGAAAGUCUCCAGAUAGAAGCAAAGUUGACACCAUUAGGGGAAGAUGAAGGAAACCAUGCUGAUUUGAAUCCCUGUUCUCGCCGCCUAACUGGCUGUACAAUUUUCUUAGGCUUCACUUCCAACCUCAUCAGCUCAGGUGUUCGCGAGUCCAUCCGCUAUCUGGUGCAACAUAACAUGGUUGAUGUUUUGGUGACCACAGCUGGCGGCGUGGAGGAAGAUCUGAUCAAAUGCUUGGCACCCACUUACAUUGGAGACUUUAGCUUGCAAGGGAAAGAACUACGACAGAAUGGAAUUAACAGGAUUGGGAAUCUCUUGGUGCCCAAUGACAAUUACUGCAAGUUUGAGGAUUGGCUAAUGCCAAUCCUAGACCAGAUGGUAACUGAACAAGACACAGAGGGUAUGAAAUGGACUCCGUCAAAGCUCAUUGCUCGGCUUGGCAAGGAAAUCAACAAUCCAGAAUCAGUCUCUUAUUGGGCACAAAAGAAUAAUAUUCCUGUAUUGAGCCCAGCAAUAACAGAUGGAUCCCUUGGAGACAUGAUUUUCUUCCAUUCCUAUAAGAAACCAGGUCUUGUGCUGGACAUCGUAGAAGACCUGAAACUCAUUAAUAGCCAGGCCAUCUUUGCCCGGAAGACAGGAAUGAUCAUCUUGGGUGGAGGCCUUAUUAAGCACCACAUUGCCAAUGCAAAUCUGAUGAGAAAUGGAGCUGACUUCUCUGUAUAUGUCAACACUGCACAGGAGUUUGAUGGUUCAGAUUCAGGAGCUCGGCCUGACGAGGCAGUGUCCUGGGGAAAGAUCCGUUUGGAUGCCAAGCCCAUCAAGGUCUAUGCUGAUGCUUCUUUGGUUUUCCCAUUGCUGGUUGCAGAGACUUUUGCUCAGAAACCAAAUGCUUUCGUUCAAGAAAAGAAAAAUGACUGAAUUGGGAACUGCUGCAUGAGGCAUUUUUCAAUGUUCAGAACUGCCUGCUUUCGUCCUACAUAACAUCAGUCAACACCUAUGUUGAAAUUGCCACGACGAUCUCCCUGGAUGAAAGGAGGAAUUGACCAUUCAGACAGCAACCUCUACAAUCCCCACACGGCAGAAGUGGUAUCCCUGCAUAUUAUACCUAAGUUGGGAAGCAGUCAUUCUGUCAACCAUUAAUCUUUGCAAUGAUGGAUCUUGUACUGCAAAAUAUGAUGCAGUUGGGAAGGUGUGAAGACCCUCAAUUGUGUGCUCAAUUCUUCCAAAGAAUUUUUAUGCAACGGUGGAACACCUAAGGAUUCUGGAAUUUGAUUUGUGUGUUUGUGUGUCGUUUAAGGACUGAACCAGGCCAUAUCUCUGUGACCUGGUCUCUCCUGUCUUCUCAGUUAGCCCCCGAUAUUUAUUCACGGUGUUUUAUGUGGAUUUGACGAAGAGUCAUCAUUUUGUAAUAGUUUAAACAUAUGAUUGUUUCUUAUUUUGGGAUGCCUUUUUGCCAUCCAAAUGACUGUGCAUGAGUUAAGAACAGCUGGGUUUUUUUAUUAUUAUUAUUUUUUGUGGGGCAAAAUUAUGAGCUGAUUAAAAUUUUUUAUUGAAUGAUA